AGGUGUAGUUUCAUAAGAUUUGACCUGAUUUGUGGCAUUGCUGACACUCUGAUAGAAAAGAUUCAUCCAUUCCUUACAUUAUCCAUCAGUUCUCCCCCUAUUACUGAAAUUUAAUAAGGAAGAUAUGCAUUUAGAAGACAAUGUCUGAUGCUGAAGAUCUGGCAGAUCUCACCCUAUCAUCAGCAGCAGUGGCUGAUGUUGGUGAGAGAAGUGCUGGUGAUGGUCGAGAAAGCAGCCAUGAUGACUCGCCAGAUGUCACAACUGAUGAUGAUGUGGAGGAGCUUUCAGACCACCACGGUUCUGCUCUCCAGCAGCAGUCUGCGCUCCUUGUCCAGGCAGCAAAUGGGUCCGGUGCUGCAGCUCAUGUAGGCAGUGAUGGCCUGGGGGUGAUGGGAGCGUCAGCCAUUGUUAUACCUGCAGUCAUUACUGAACCUCCGUCGAGUGCUGCGCUUCCUCUUAAACAGAAACAUGCUUUGCUACGGAAGAAAAGUACAGAUGGCGCUGCUACAAACGGAGCUCUGCUGCCGUGGGGGGCGCGCAAGGAGCUGCCGCACACACUCUCCUCUCAGCUCUCUGAAACAAACCUCAGGCCCGGGGAGUACGUGAUGCGGACGCUGUUCGCAGAGUUCACCGUCACGGCUGAAGCUAAAAUAGAGCUCGUCAUGCAGGCGCCCAUGGAGCGCAGUAUCGCCAAGAGUCUUCAGCGUGACGAGGACCCAAAGUUCGACCAGCUCGUGAUGUAUUAA